AUUCCCCGUCGCUCUCACCAAUCCCAGCCUGUCCAGGGGUGUGGUUGCCGGCUGUCCUCGCGACUUUUGCCGUCUCCCUCCUGCCAGCCUGCUCCUGUCGCGAGACUUCCUGCUCCUCCGCCGCUCCCCUUAUCGUCGCCUUAGCCGGGGACCCGGACCCAGCCUCUCCCCCACCCGGUCACCGGCCCCGGCUCCUCCGAGGCCUCGGUCCCCCAGCCCCGCCUCGCCGCCGCCAUGGCGGACCCUAAAUACGCCGAUCUCCCCGGCAUUGCCAGGAACGAGCCAGAUGUUUAUGAAACCAGCGACCUACCUGAGGAUGAUCAAGCAGAGUUUGAUGCGGAGCUGGAGGAGCUGAGCAGCACAAGUGUGGAACACAUCAUCGUCAACCCCAAUGCUGCCUAUGACAAGUUCAAGGACAAGAGAGUGGGGACGAAGGGGCUUGAUUUCUCAGAUCGCAUUGGAAAGACCAAGAGGACAGGAUAUGAAUCUGGAGACUAUGAAAUGCUUGGAGAGGGUCUGGGAGUGAAGGAGACACCGCAGCAGAAGUACCAGCGACUACUGCAUGAAGUCCAAGAGCUGACGGCUGAGGUGGAGAAGAUCAAGACAACAGUGAAGGAGUCAGCCACUGAGGAGAAGCUCACCCCUGUGGUGCUGGCUAAACAGCUGGCAGCUCUGAAGCAGCAGCUGGUGGCUUCCCACCUGGAGAAGCUUCUGGGACCAGAUGCUGCAAUCAACCUCGCUGACCCAGAUGGAGCCCUAGCUAAGCGCCUACUGCUGCAGCUGGAAGCAACAAAGAGCAGCAAAGGCAGUUCAGGGGCCAAGGCCACAGGCGGGGCCCCCCCAGACAGCAGCCUCGUCACUUACGAACUCCACUCUCGGCCUGAGCAGGACAAGUUCUCGCAAGCUGCCAAAGUUGCAGAGCUCGAGAAGCGCCUGACAGAGCUGGAGGCCACUGUCCGCUGUGAUCAGGAUGCUCAGAACCCCCUUUCUGCAGGUCUUCAGGGGGCCUGCCUCAUGGAAACGGUAGAACUGUUGCAGGCCAAAGUGAGUGCCCUGGACCUUGCAGUUUUGGACCAAGUAGAGGCUCGGCUACAGAGUGUCCUGGGGAAGGUGAAUGAGAUCGCUAAGCACAAGGCAUCUGUGGAGGACGCAGACACACAGAACAAGGUGCACCAGCUGUACGAGACUAUCCAGCGCUGGAGUCCCAUCGCCUCCACCCUCCCCGAGCUGGUGCAGCGACUUGUCACCAUCAAGCAGCUGCACGAGCAAGCUAUGCAGUUUGGUCAGCUCCUGACACACCUGGAUACCACCCAGCAGAUGAUGGUCAGCUCCCUUAAGGAUAACACCGCUCUCCUGACCCAGGUACAGACAACGAUGCGUGAAAACCUGGCCACAGUUGAGGGAAACUUUGCCAGCAUUGAUGCUCGGAUGAAGAGGCUGGGAAAGUGAGCGCCACUGGGAGUUGGGGAGCGGGGGUAACCCUUGCCCCUGAGCUUUGUCAGAUGCUAUCACAGGGCUUCCCCUUGGUUAUAACUCCCAGCCCCAUCCCACCUGACAAGGGCAAGGGUUCUUGCAUGUGGGGUACGCACCCUCCCCUGACAUAGAGUGGGAGCCCAGGGCUACUACUGGAUGAGGUUGUGGGCCCAGCCACAUGCAGCUCCCGUCCAGUAAGUGCUUCCUGCUGGGGGAGAGGCCUGGAUCCUGUCCCCAAGCAGCUCUGGGGCUGAGUCUGAUUCUGUACAACUGUCUCUGACCAUUAAACACUGUUGUGCCGUGGAGCCUCUGCUGUGUUUCCUGGAUUGGAAGAGGCAGCACUGACAGACUAAACCACACUACUACAAGACUAUUUCAGUUGUAAUCUGUUCUUACCAAAGAACUAAAUAAAAAAUGAGUACAGAGCCAGAA